AUUAUGAAGCUAUUUUCUGUUUAAUAUCAACAUACAGUUAGUAUAGUGUUUCUAGAAGUAGUUAUCUCAGCUAAAUCUGAAGCUAAAGGUCAUCAUAUCAUGAUUUGAUAAUUCAAUUCCAAUCAUACCUAUCGUGAAAUCCGUGCAAAUUACAGCAAAAAACAACUAACUAGCCACUUCUUAUAUCUAUAUAUAACGUAUUUUUGACGAAAAUAAAUUCUCGGAUGGUGCGAGAUUUUUUUCUCUCUCUCCCGAUCGUUUAUAAAGAAGUGGCAACAGUUUGUGAACUGUGGUCAUACGGUCCGGGUGCAGGAACAUUUCACACAGCAACAAGACGCUCUACUUAUUAAGGCAAAAAUGAGGAUCUGUGACGAAAAAGUCGUUCUGCUACUGGUUGUUUUCAUGCACACUGUCACCGGAUAUACGUUUAACCUGUGUGAAUACUUUAUCAACGGUGGAUGGUGCAGUAACGAAUGCAGAUAUGAGGCUCACCAUGCCUGGGGUAUACCAUUAUGUAUGCACAGCGGUGCCAGUGGGCCUAAAUGCUGUAUCCCAGUAAACCAUAGACUUAUCGAAACCAGGGAUCCGACAACUACAGUACAACCGACAACCAUUGCAACCACAUUGCCACGAUUAGAACAGGAAGUAUCGUGUGGUCGCGCGAGAUCUCUUUCACGUGUUCGGCGUGUAAUUGGUGGAAAUCACGCGCCAUCUGGUACCUGGCCAUGGCAGCUCCUUAAAAUUUUAACUGGGUCUUUUAUCUACAAAAUUUAUGAUGUCUGUUUUUAUGUAUAUUUUUUUUCAAGGGACGACGAUUUAAACCUGUUGAGGGUGUACGUUGGGGAUCAAACAUUAUCGUACGGACGUCAUGGAAGAGAAAACUCCAAAACUAUCCGUAGAAUAAUACGCCAUGAAAACUUUGAACAGAACGUGGAGUUUCCGGUAACAAAUCCACAAACCGGAGAAGCAAGUGUAAUUAGACGCCAUUUGCACGACAUUGCUUUGAUACAACUGAACGACAGCCUUGUUUAUUCCGACAAUCUCCGCGCUGUGUGCCUUCCGGAAAUCACCGAAGCAGACGACACUGUUUUUGAUGAUUGUUGGGUUGCUGGAUGGGGACAAAAUCAUGAAAAUACCUUAGGGUCGACAGACACACUGUAUGAAGUCCAAGGACAAUCGUUAAACAACCAGCAGUGUGGCCUCCAGUGGGGAGCAAACUUUGAAGACGAUGUCGUCUGCUUCAGCAGUCAGGGACGUGGACCUUGCCAGGGAGAUUCAGGCGGUGGUAUGGUGUGUCGGGGGAGUGACGGCAGAUACCGAAUUAAUGGUAUCAUAUCAUGGGGUAGAGAAGACUGUAUUCAUGACGACCAUCCGAGUGUUUUAACAAAAGUUUCAUCAUAUCGGGAGUGGAUUAAUAUACAUGUACAAUAAAAAUACCGGUUAUGUUGUUGUUGAAGUGCACGAGGAAGGAGACAGUACGUGUUGGUCGAUUCAAUUGUACGAAAAGAAACAAUAGAACAGAACUAGAUCUUUAUAAUAUCUUUAAACUUUGUACAAGAAUGACCUGCGCUUCAAGCGUGAUCUUGAUCAUAAAAAGAUUCUUCUUCUCCAAACUGCUUUGUUAAAAAAAUUCACACGUUAACAAAUUUUACAUCUGUACAUUUUUCAAUGUAGAUUUCAUCCAAAAUUUAUUUGAUAAAGUCUUACAAUAACUCCGCUGACUUCAAACUGGAUGCUUACAAUAUUUAUUUGUAGACUUUUACAUACUUUUCGGAGAAAAGGCCUUUACUUCCGUUACAUAUUAUUUUUACCGGAAGCUUCCGUUGCUCUGGAUCUCGGCUGUUAUUCAUAUUCCGAAGUUUGACGGAAAGGGCCGAGAUCCGGAUCCGUCAACAUACAAUAAGUUUGACUUUCGGAACAUUUUUCAAAUUUAUUCGCUGGAACUCACUUGUUUAUUUGACCCUCUUUUCAAGCUCGUUACUGUAUGUUAUAAAAGCUAACACUGUUAAACAUUGAAGCAGUAAAACAAUUGUGUAAACGAACGUUUCAUAAAAAUAUAAUCAGAAUCGUUUUAGUUUGUUAAUUAACAAAGUAACAAAUCAUAUCACAGCAAAUUCGACGACCCUCUUUCGGCGGAGGGAAAUAAUUAAAAGGAUUGUUUUAAAUGUGUUAAUCAGAAAGGAUCUUAUUAUCUUACUCUUCAAUUAUUAUCUUAGUUAAAGGUUUUGUAAAUUUAGAAAAUGCCUUUGUCAGCAUCGGUUCUAUAAAAAAAAACAUCACUGUUAAACUGACCCAAAAUAAAUCUUAUUGUACAAAUAUUAUAGUCAUGUAUCUAUGUAUACAUGCAUGUUUUCAGUAUUUUUUAUCUGUAAAGUUACACUAAAUAAACAUCUGAAUUCUGA